AACUACAACGACUACGACCACGACUACAACCACCACCACCACAACAACUACAACAACACCAAAGCCUCUAUGCUUGAAUUACACGUGUGUCACACAGCCCUCAUUGCUGGACGCUAAUGGCUACAUAAAGACCGCAGUUGGCGCCCCUGUUGGUGGCGUUUUUCGAUUCGCCUGUGACAGAAUGUACUUUUUCAGUGAUUCUGGGGUUGACUGGCCGAACGCCGCUUCGCAAUGCUGUGCGCGCAAUAUGAAGCUUCUAAGCAUAGAAACCGCCGCGGAAUACCUUUGUCUCGCCAAAAUGAUAAGUCUGCCAAACUACGGCAUUGGAGGCUCAUGGUGGACAUCCGGGAGCAAUAAGUUCAGUGGAUACUUCGUUUGGUGCACGGCCGACCCUGUAGUCAACAUCACCUCGGACGUAAAAUACGCAGCAAACGAGCCAAACAACUUUCAAGGAAAUGAAAACUGCAAUGAAAUGAUCGUGGGAGGAGGCACACCCCCGAAUAACCUUCUGCUGAACGACCGUCCCUGCGUCAAUGCCUUCUCAAGCAGAUACAUUUGCGAGGCAACUCUGACGGCGUGUUCAGGUCGGCUUGCGGGCGUCAGUAUUUCAUUUCCAAGGUGGCGAAAAACUGGAACGACGCCCAAACAGAAUGCUGCAAGUACGGAAUGAAGUUGUUGAGCGUCGAAUCGUUUCAAGAACUAUCCUGCUUGGCUGCCAUGA